UCUCUGGUCUCCUUGCCGAGGCGAGGAUUGGCUCGGCGGUGCUGCAGCCCGCCCUCCUCCUUCCCACGUCCCCUCCCCGCCAGCUUCGCUCCCUCUCUCCUGUGGCAUCGGGGCGUCAGCCUGGGAGAGCCAGCCUUGGGGGGACAGCCGUGGGAAAAGGGGGGGGUGGGGGGCACGCCUCCCCUUUCUCCCCUCCCUGCUUCAGGACACAGAGCUGAUAACCCUCGGAGCAAGUUACAGGGGCCCACGGAGAGCGGCUCCCAACUUUUCGGCUGGAGGACGGGAGAAAAAAAAAUAACCCCGGUUCAGAAGAGGUGGCCAACGAGGGGUCCUGCCAGCCCACCCCAAGCUUCCGUUACCCCCUGCUCCAUCUGUGACCGGCUCCCACUCACUUAGCAGCAGAAGACGGUGGAUUAACCCCUAAACCCACGGCCAGACGCAGCUUCCAGCGGCCGCCAUAGCACCGGGAGCGACCCCCAAUCCUCCCCAGGAACACCUCCGCUCUGCCACCAUCCUCACCACCGGGGACGUACCCACUGCGGGUGAUUUCAUGAGCACAACGUAGUGCAGGGAAGCAGGGGGACAGGCACCGCUCCCACCCGCUGAAAGCCAAGGUGACGUGAGCUGUUCCUCCAAGAGCAUCGUAGCAGGAGCGAUGGGGAGGCCAGGGAUGUGACAGGCCACUCCAGUGUUGGAAGCCCAGCAAGGGCUGUUUUGGGGGGCUUUUUCAGAGGUGGGGGUGAGGUGAGGGGUGCAACAUGAGCCUGGGGAAGCUGCCGGUGCUCAGCUGGGUGUCAGGCUCCCAUGGCAAGCGGCGGCUGAAGUCGGAGCUGACGCCGGACAUGAUCAGCCCACCGCUGGGGGACUUUCGGCACACCAUGCACGUGGGGCGCGGGGGCGACGUCUUUGGGGACACCUCCUUCCUCAGCAACCACGGCGGCGCCGACACGGCCAAAGCCAACAACUUCUUCACCCGGACGCUGCGUCACGUUCGCCGGACGCCGCUGAGGAACCGGGGCAGCGGGGGCCAAGGAGGAUCAUCACCUGCCCCCCCAGCCAUCUCGCCCAUCAUCAAGAACGCUGUCUCACUGCCACAGCUCAAUGAGGGGAUGUACGAUGGCAGCAGUGGCCGGGGCUUGACCAGCAAGUUCUCCUUCAAAAGUGCCUCCAACAGCUUCUCCAAAACGCACCAGGCCUACGGGCUGGAGUCUGGGUUUUGCACCAUCCCUCGUGUCCCCCGCUUGGAAAAGGCCCAAGAGAGCACCUUCCCUGGGGAAGAAGAGCUGACGCGCUCAGACUCCCUUCUCUCCUUCCGCCUGGACCUGGGGCCCUCCCUGAUGAGCGAGCUCCUCCAGGUGAUGAGUUUCUCUGAAACCAACGGGAGCGAGGCGGGGGAGGAUGGCCCAGACCUUCUGUGCGGUGAGGGGACCAAGGAUGGGGUCCCUCCAGCAUCAGCUGCAUCCUACGGAGAGGACAAGGCAACGUCCAGCUUCUGGGACCGCUCUGGGCAGAGCAGCCUGUCGGGGGCCAGCUCGCUGCCGGGACUGUCGGUCCAUGCCAACGGUGAGGCACACGCCAUCGAAGGUGCUGGAGAGGACUCUGCCUGGGCUUCGGGGCCGGGGGCAGCACCCAGAGGGACCCCAUGGCAGGGGCACUGGAACGACUGCACCAUCGAGGCGGGAGAGUUUGAUCGGGCGGCCCAGGUCCUGGCCCGCCACUAUGGUGGGACCAGCACCCCACGAAACUCGGAGAAGGGCGAGGGUCCCUGGCAGGCCCGGACGCAGACCCGGUGGGAGAGCCCCAGCAGCAGCUCGUGGCGGUCGCAAGUGACAGGGGAGACACGGUCCCCCGAGGCCACCUGGAACCAAGGCGAGGAGGAGGAGGAGGAAGCCGAGCUCUCCAGCCUGCAGGAGGGGUAUGCUGGUGCCCGGGGCGGGCACGGCAAUUCCUUCGAGUACGCUGACGAUGAGGAAGACGAUGAAGUCAAGGUGUGAAUGGCCACCCCUACCAUCACAGCCCCCUGCCAGAGGCACUGGUGCCAGCGUCUUCGCCAUCCUCCCUGUCCCCCUCCCUCAGGCACCACCUGCAGACCCAGUGGGCAACCUCUUUGCCAACCUGGGGGGACUGGGGGGCAGGAGGAGAGCCCAACUCCCGGGGGGCUCCCCAGGGCUGGGCCAGGCUGCUGUGGGGGGCCAGUGAGGGCUGUGCAUCACAGCAGUAGGCAUCACAGCCCUUCUCCAGCCUCACUGCCAUUAGACACCAAAGGGACAUUCCCAUGUGCCAAAGAAACCCCAAACCCCUUCCUACCCCAUUCCGUUCUCCCCGGCGCCCUCUCUCCCAUCCCUCAGCCUGGUCCUGCCAGCGUGUCUGGGGACGUGCCCUGUCCUCCCACCAAAGCCCCCAGCCACCCUCUGUGCUGGCACGGGUGCCCUCCCAGAGAUAUUCCCACCCAUAGCUCUGACACAUAGGGGAUGGGGGCUCUCCCCAGCUCCAGCUGGUGCGAGACCCUCCUGUAUGGCACAUCUAUCUACCUAGAGAGGUCAGCUAGGGGCUCAAGGGGCAGGCAAACCCCACAGAGAUGAGCUUUCUCUUUUCCCCUCCCCAAAAAAACCCAAUAACUCAGUGUUGAGGAGAUGAGAGCACGUACAGAGAUAAUCGCAGGGGUCUUUCCACUUGCCUCCUGCCGCUGAGUGUCACUUAGGAUGGCUCCUUUCCUUAGCUCCACCUCCUCGCAGCAGGGAGGGGAGAAACUUCUUGGCUGGCUGGAGGCAGAGGUGAGGUUGUCAGGUCACCAAAUUCUGCAGUUUGAGCCCUAAAAAUCCUUUCCUUUCCCCCCGCCUCAGAACAAGGAGUCUCCCCCUCUGCAGCCACUCGGUCUGUGCCGCCUCAUCUCCAUCCUCGCCCCUUCUCCCCAUUCCCCAUGCACGCACCCCUCUUUCCAGCGCACCCCUUCCCAGGGGUAUGCACAGAGGAUGGCUAAUGCCCCUCGCCAAGUGGCCCUGGGCGACGCGGCUGCCCUGGAACGAGCUGCUCCCCACGCUGCCCCGCGUGCAAACCAGCCCUCACAGAAGCAUCUUUGUGCCACACUGUCGAGCCAAGAUGCUCGGGGGCUGAGGUCACUGGAGGGACCCUCACAGGACACCCCUUGUUCUCCAGGACAGGAGGGGGUGUGCGGCAGGGGGAGAUGCUGGGCCGUGGCCACAGGGCUCUGCUCCCACGCAGCUCACCCGCCGCCCGGCCAGCUGCUUCUGGCAAGGAGCUCUUCAGAGCAGAAUAAAGAGGCUCUGGCCUGCACGCGUGUUGUACGUGGGAGUGCCGCUCGCAGUCAGGCCAUCGAGGUUACGGUCAAGCCCAUCUCCCCCAGCCUCCCCAGGCAGUUGCCUCGUGCCGGCCAGCAGCAGCAAGCCGGGGCAGGCAGCAGCUUCAAGGAGUCCCCAACUCUGGCCACUGGCACCCAGCAGGAUCAGCCUUAUCACCCCUGCAUCCUCUGGGGCGGGGAUCCUGGCUCUCAGGACGAGCUCCCCCCAUCCUCUGCUUCCCAGACCAUAACACAAGCUCCAGACCAAAGACCCACAUCCGUGGAAUAUCCUUUCUGCCUCCACUCUGUAUCCCAUGCACUUAUUAUUGUCCUUAUUAAAGCAGUUUU